UCUCUCGCUUCCAUCUUGCUCCCGCAUGUGUCUGCUGUUAGUUUACAGGUCAGUGAGGAGAUUUAUAUACCUUCUACCCUGCACUGUUACUCCCUGAUCCGACGGUAAAAGAUGAAAGAAGCAAUUAUGAAUCAAGAGAAACUUGCAAAACUACAAGCGCAAGUCCGCAUCGGCGGAAAGGGAAGUGCUCGCAGAAAGAAGAAGGUCGUACACAGAACAGCAACCGCAGACGACAAGAAACUUCAGUUCUCCUUAAAGAAACUCGGCGUUAAUAACAUCUCCGGUAUCGAAGAGGUUAACAUGUUCACGAAUCAAGGAACAGUCAUCCACUUCAACAACCCCAAAGUGCAGGCCUCCCUGGCAGCCAACACCUUCACCAUCACCGGCCACGCUGAGACCAAGCAGUUGACCGAGAUGCUGCCUGGUAUCCUGAACCAGCUGGGAGCCGACAGCCUGACGAGCCUGAGGAGACUCGCUGAGGCCCUCCCCAAACAGGCUGCAGAUGGAAAAGCACCGAUUGCAGCAGUGGAAGAGGAAGAUGAUGACGUUCCAGAUCUGGUGGAGAAUUUUGAUGAAGCAUCCAAGGAUGAGGCCAACUAGAAGAAACGGAGGAUGUCAGAACCUGACAGGACCACGUGGGGCACAAAAUGUCAAAUCUGUUUGAAAGGUGGAAAGUGAUAAUAAAUAACCUGAGAUCCCUAAAACAACAACUUUUCUGUAAUAUGUGCAACACCUGAGAACAUUACAACAAAUAGUUGUUUUUUAAUGUAAUUUAGUAGAAUGUCUGUCUGAAAACUGGGGUUGCAAUAUGUAAAACUCAUUCCACCUGUUUGCCAUCAGGUGCUUGUUGUGCUCAUUCUGUGCAGUUAGAUUGGGUGUAAAAUGUGGUGUUCAGCUGUACAUCUGUUUCUUCUGUUACUGAAACUGAACUCUGUGGCCUCUAAACCCUCCCAUGUCUGGAAUAAACCUUUGCUACUGUUGAGAAAAUA